UGGUGAAUCCAAAUGUACAGGAGUAUUAACAAUUAAAGCAACUGAUAAACAACCACUAUGUGAUGAGGCUUUUAUGAAUAAUCAGGAGAUCACAAGUUUUGUGUAUGAACCAUCACAAAAAGCUGUCAUUGGAGCAAGGGCAUUCAAAGGUGCAAUCAAAUUAGCAACAGUCACGAUUACAAACAAAAUUGAGUCUCUUGGUGAAGAAGCUUUCAGUGGAUGUGUCAAACUGACGACAAUCGCAUUAACAGACCUCACUACAAUUCCAGCAAAGUGUUUUGAGGGAUGUGCUUUGUUGACCUCAGUCACUGGUAAUGAAGCUGUCACAACAUACGAAGAAAGCUCAUUCAAGAUGAGUGGUCUCACCGCAGUCACAUUUGCAGCAACCGUUGCCAAAUUUGGAGACAAUGCUUUCAUGGGAACCAAACUGACAGCGAUUACACUUCCGACAACAGCUGUCACGGCUUUUGGAAUGCAUGUAUUCGAAGAUAUCACAACAGCUACAACUGCGACAAUAACAGGGAUCACAACCAUUCCAGAUUUCACAUUCAAAGGAUGCACUGCAUUGGCAACAGUCACUGGCAUUGAUGCAGUCACUUCGUUUGGCGAGUCUUCAUUUGACAACACUGCAAUUGCCGAAAUAACUUUUGCAACAGGUGUCACCAAAAUUGGUGAUGCAGCUUUCAAUAACACCAAAUUGGUGACUGUUACAAUUCCAACUGGUGUCACUGCAUUAGGAAAACACAUAUUCGAAGGAAUAACCACAUUGACUUCUGCAACAAUAACUGGGAUCACCACAAUCCCAGAUUUUACAUUCAAUGGAUGUGACAAAUUGGCUACAGUCACCGGAAUAGAAGCUGUCACUUCAUUUGGUGAAAGCUCGUUUGAUAACACUGCUAUCACUACCCUCACUUUUGCUACUGGAGUCACUAAAAUAGGUGAUGCAGCUUUUAGAAAGACAAAAUUGGUUACUAUAACUAUACCAACCACUGUAACUACAUUAGGUAUACAUGUAUUUGAGGGAAUAUCCACAUUGACAUCAGCAAUUGUUACAGGAAUAACCACAAUCCCAGAUUUCACAUUCAGUGAAUGCACUACAUUGGCUACAGUCACUGGGUUUGAAGCAGUUACUUCAUUUGGUGAAAGCUCGUUCGCAAAAACAGCAAUGCCAACAAUCACUUUUGGCAAAACAGUGACCAAAUUUGGAAAUUCGGCUUUCAAGGGAAUCACAACUGUUACAGAUAUUGCAAUUCCAACAGUAAUUACAUUUGGAACAAGUGUUUUUGAAGGAAUUACCACAUUGACACAUGCAGAUUUAGCCGAGAAUACAAUGAUUCCUGAAGGUACUUUUAUGGGAUGCUCCGUUUUAAAUAAUGUUUCCAGAACACAAAAAGUUGCUACUGUUGGAAAGGAUGCGUUCAAAGACUGUAAUAAACUUGAGAAUCUCAAUUUAUAUGCGCCACUCACUUCAUUAUCAGAUACCCUGACAAGUGUAAAGAACUUAUUCUUCCAUGGAACUGCAGCACCAACAAUACCAACAGGUACUAAAUUGAACAGCAAUUUGAAUGUGUAUGUCACCAACAAUUACACAGCUACCCAAUUUGGUGAGUUGACAGUUCUCAAGGCGGGAUGCACCAAUUUCCAGUGUGUUGAUGUCUCUUCUGCAGCACCACCAUCAGGUAAAAUGGCUGAAGUCACACCAAAGUGCAAGAAAUGUGAAACCAAUUUCUUGAGUGUUGAUGGUGCCAACUAUUACUGUGAAUAUGAUAUGGCAGUUUGUUUGGCUGCUCACACUAAAUGCACAGUGUGUGCUGUUAAUAAAUGUUACGAAUGCAAGGACAAAACAUAUUUGAAAGAAGACCUCUUUGAGUGUUUCGAUACUUGUGAUAAUGGGUAUUUCAAAGACACAACAAGUGAUUCAACUCGCAAAUGUGGUAAGUGUAUAACUGAUUGUAAGACUUGCACUGAAGCAACAAAAUGCACCGAAUGCACAACUGGUAAUCUUCAACCAGAAGACAAAACUUGCAAAGCAAACUGCCCAGAUGGAUAUUUUGCAAAAGCUAAAGUUUGCACCGUUUGUCCAGAUAAUUGCAAAACUUGCACUGAGGAAACAAAGUGCACUGCUUGCAAAGACGACUCUUUAAUGGUUGAAGACACCAAAACUUGUGUUAAAGACAAAUGUCCAGAAAUGUAUUACAAAUCUGAAGCCGACAAAAUGUGCAAGAAAUGCACUGAUGGUUGCAAAGUCUGCAGUAAUGCAAAUGACUGCCAAGAGUGUGUUUCACCAAAGAUGUUGGAGGAGGGAACCAUGAAGUGUGUUGAGAAAUGUGAAGACGGGUUCUAUAAAGCAAACGCAACCAAUUGUGAUAUGUGCAUGGAUAAGUGCAUGAUGUGUGCAGCCAAAGAAAAGUGCGACAAGUGCAAAGAAAACUUUUUCCUAUCUGAAGACAAAUGUGUUGACAUUUGCCCAGAAAAGUACUUUGAAAAAGAAGGAAAGUGCGAGAAGUGCAAAGACAAAUACGACACUCCAUGCAAAGAAGGUGACAAGGAAUGUGAAGUUUGUGUGAACAAAAGUGGGUCGUUUGGAACUUACGUUCUCGCUUUGGUAUUAGUCUUGAUGAUCGCCUUCUAA